AAGAUGAUCGUGUUAUUGGUUACACUGCUUUAUCUCCAUCAAGGAUAUACACUUAUCCCGAUAACUUCAGUUCAGCUUGGUGAAACUGUAACCUUCACAUGUGAUCUGCGUAAGAAUUCACAGUUCAGCCGUAGAGAAGUGGACUGGUACAAGCAGAGUACCGGGGACUCUCUAAAAUUAAUAUGGACACUGAAGGAAUCUGCACAACCUGAGUUUUCUGCUGAGUUUACUCAAUCAAGAUGGAAGGUUAAUUACAAUGAAAAUUCCACUAACCUGACCAUUUUGAGGGCAAACCAAGAGGACGAGGGAAUCUACCACUGUGGAAUCACCGAGUGGUUCAAGAAUACUGAAUGGAGCGGCUCAUAUUUGUUAGUCAGAGGACGCACUCAAAGGACAUCAGACUAUACUGUUGUUCAGACACCGCUGACAACAGUCCAGGAACCAGGAAAGUCAGUGACUUUUCGGUGCUCAGUCUUCUCUGACUCUGACAAAAAGACAUGUCCCGGAGAUCUCACCGUGCUCUGGUUCAGAGCUGGAUCACAUAAAAGUUAUCCAAAAUUAAUCUACACUGACAGAAACAAAAGUAAAGAAUGUGAUAAAAGAGCUGACCCCCAGAAGAGCUGCAAUUAUACUUUUUCUAAAAUCGUCAGCUCGUCUGAUGAAGGGACAUACUACUGUGCUGUGGCCACGUGUUGGGAAUUAUUCUUUGGAAAUGGAACUAAACUUCAAAUAGAGCAAAAGGCAGGUUCUGAAUUUACUGUGCUGGUUAUAGCAAUAUUCUGCUUGUUUAUUUCUGUGAUUCUUAAUAUUGUUUGCAUCUGUUGCCGAACUCCAAGAGCAGCAUGUGAACAAUUUAAAGAAAACAGCUCUUCACAAGCAAUACAAGAUGCCUUGAGCCAAACAAUGAAUGAACAUACUGAAAGUGGACAUGAUGUAAACUAUGCUGCACUGCAUUUCUCUGGAAAUAAAAGUGCAAGAGGAAGGAAGAAGAAGAAUGAACUGGAAACCGAGGAAACAGUGUAUUCUCACAUCAAAAGCAGAGUGUGAAAGUGUGUCUAUACAAAACCUGUCUUUUAAUACUGAUUUGUUUAAUUGGAAAUAGAAAAUACAAAGAUCUUAUUCCUGAUUUUGCUGAAAACAUGAUGUUUUGCAUAUACUGUUAUUUACAUAUUAUUGUGCUUGCCUGUUCUUGUUUUCCUGUUUCUGUGUGAUGUUACAAAUGAUUAAAUUAACAUGACUCACAAUAUCAAUAUUGGCUCACAGUGUUAAUCGUGACUAGCUUAAGUCAGUUCAGUCUGUCUGCAUCCACCUUCAAAUUGAUUGAGAUUGGAAAUCUUUUUCACUCUAAGUUUAAUUAUUCUGACUUUAGUCUUGCACCAACAUGAUUUGCCAUUGAAUUUGCGGCAUAAAAUAGAUGUUAUUCCUGGCUUUGGAAAGGGCUAAAGAAUCAAACAAGGUUGCAAGGGGCACUUGUCCAGAUUGCUCUUUCACUUUUUUGGGGGAAAAAAUAUCACGCAUUCCUACAUAGGAGACACUAUGGUGGGGAAUCUACAAUUGGAUGAGAGAUGACCUGACCUGCACUUCCCAAAAGGUUGAUUCUGUUUAUCUGGACGUAGCGUUUUCAGUGGGAGAAACAUUUCGUCACUCAUCCAUCAUUAGCUUAUAGACAAACACCUAACACUAACUGUCAAGCACAGUGGUGAAAAUAUAAUGGUUUGGGUUUGUCUAACAGCUUGAGCUUGGCCAAAACAUGGGAGCUGGCAACAACGAUCACGACUCAAACAAAUCUACAGUAUAACAGCUGGAUUUACCUGCUGCAAAUAAAUUUACCUGCAAAAUACCUACCUGGCCUCUCUCUAAUCAAUUAUGUUGUAACUAGGAAUCCAGCCUGCCUGCUAACAGCCACUCCAAAGCUCUGGUUCAAGGACACAACAAGUGCGAUUUCACACUGCCAUCAUAAAUCUAGUAAAUAUUUAGCAGCCCUUCCUUGCCCAUUGCUGACAUCCCUUCUAUGCUUUAACAUAAACUCUAGUCACAGUCCAGUAGAGAUAAUGCUCAUGUACCAGUUGUCCACUGAAAGACUUUGCCAAAAUAUAACCAGAUUCUUUAAAGAAUAUGUUGACGUAUU